AACCUUCGUCACUUCGUAGUUUUUGGUGGAUGCUUUUAUGAAGGUAGAUUUGGUCAUUUGGGUAGUUCUGCCAUAUCAUCGCUUUAUAGAAGCCUUGGAGUAUUAUGUGUUGUUAUUUCUGGUAUUACCAGUGUUGGUAUUAGACAUAUGUCUAAUAAUUUUGAAAACGAUUAG